AUGAGCGACAGUGAAGACAGUGGAUACAGCCCCUUGACAUCACGGUGGGCUGAUGAGACGACGCCUCUGCUCAACACCGCCCAGAUACCCGACCAUGACGAGCAUGUGGUCACGCAACAGCUCCACGCUGAACCUGAUGACUUCCCUGAAGGUGGCUUUCGCGCAUGGAGCGUCGUGUUUGGCAGUUGGUGUGCCAUGGUUGCAGCAUUUGGCAUGCUCAACUCUAUGGGUGUCAUCCACGCUUGGCUGUCGUCUCAUCAGCUCUCAAAUCAUUCGUACGCCGAGAUUGGCUGGAUCUUCAGCACUUUCACUUUCUUAGUCUAUUUCGGAAGCGUCCAGAUUGGUCCUGUGUUUGAUACAUACGGUCUGAAAUACACGUUGAUACCCGGCUGCGUCGGUCUAGUCAUUUCAGUGUUUCUGUUCAGCAUAUGUAAAGAGUACUGGCAGUACAUGUUGGACUGGGGCAUCCUCGGUGGAAUAUCCUGUUGCCUCAUCUUCACACCGGCCAUCGUCAGCAUUGGACACUGGUUCAUGCAGCGCCGAGCCCUGGCCACCAGCCUUGCCCUGACGGCCGGUGGAAUCGGCGGAAUCUUGUUUCCAAUUAUUAUCCUACGACUCGAAGGCAAGAUCGGCUUCAACCGCUCGCUCCAGGUCAUCGGCAUCGUGUGCACGCUGCUCUGCGCCACGGCCGUCGCCACCAUCCGCACGCGGCUGCCCUUCAACACCAAGUCCGGCGCCUCGAUCGACGUCCUCGCGCUGGUGCGCGACCCGGUCUACGCGGCGACGACGGCCGCCAUCUUCUUCCUCGAGCUCGCCCUCUUCAUCCCCGUCACGUACGUCACGUCGUACGCGCUGGACGCGGGCUUCGCGGCCGACCGCGCGUACGGCUUCCUCAUCGCGCUCAACGCCGCGUCCAUCGUCGGCCGAGGACUUUCAGGCUGGCUCGCCGACGCGUGGGGCCGCUUCCGCGUCAUGCUGCUCACGGCCGCGGCGUGCACGGUCAUUACGCUGCUGUGGCUAGCCGCCGGACGCAGCGCCGCGUUGCUCACAGCCUUCGCGGCGGCUUUCGGCUUCGCGUCCGGCAGCAUUGUCGGCGUCACCCCUGUCUGCGUCGCGCAGAUCUGCCGCACGGAGGAUUAUGGGAAGCGCUAUGGAACGACGUAUUUCAUCGUGAGCUUUGGCACCCUCGUUGGCAUACCCCUUGCCGGCGCGAUUCUUGAGACUGGAGGUGCGGCGCCGAAUUAUCCUGGUUUGAUUGUGUUUUGUGCGGCAGUGUUUGGAGCUGGUUUUGCGUUUUUUGUCGCGGCAUAUGGGAUGGCAGUGGGAUGGGAUUUCAGAGUGAAAUUUUAG